AUUUCGAUGAGGAAGGCAAGCACAGAGGGAGAUAAUCAAAUGGAAGAGGAAGAAGGCUGCUCACCAAUGGGAAAUUUUGAAAUACCAUUGGAGGUGGCCAGAAAGGCAACAGUGGCAGAUGGGGAAGCUAAGAUAGCUAGCAACGGCCAUAUUAGGAAGGAGUGUACUAGCCCUAAGGGCUACAAGAAAGAGGUUGAAGUUCUAAAGGAGCUGAGGGUCGAAGAGGAAGAAAAGGAAAAGAUGUCUGAUUCUGAAAGGGCUAGCAGUAAUGCACCACAAAAGGUUCAUUUCAGACCUUCUCAAGUAAAGGAUAGGCAAGAGGAAUUUGGGCCAAAAGCUCCAUCUAGCCCAAAUGGGUCUUCAAAAAUGAGAAAGGACAUAGUGGACAACAACUGCCUAAGUGUCAGGAGGACCAAUCUAGAAACUUAGUAGGAGUAGAAGAGUAAAAAGCGAAUAGUAUC